UUCAAAUAGAAUUAAGUCUGGAGACUUGCAGCAAUUAUUUUGGGGAAAAUAAAUAAAAACAGUUGUUUGUCUGUAACCUCUGACAAUUGAGUGGCUUAAUAGCUGCUUCCUUGAUGUCCAACAAGAGGAUAUUCUUGAGGCUAUACUGUCCUUUGUGUUAAAAUAUCUUCGGGGGUGAAAGAGGCUGUACGAGUUUGGCACGCGGACGCGUUGGGGGUUGAAUGUGAGCGAGCGACCGUGCGUAAUGUAUGUGCGUGGGUGUUAAGGAGUCACGUCAAAAGGCAGUCUGCAGAUAGACAGGUGCAGACAGACAAGCGAGAAAGAAAGAGACAGAGCUAUACAGAGGGGAGAGAGAGAGUGAGUGAGUGAGAGAGAGAGAGAGAGUGAGAGAGAGAGAGAGAGAGAGAGAGAGAUGAUGAUGAUGAAGAUGACUCCGUCUUAGAUAUCAUACGAACAUCCAUCCAUCCAGAAGCACCACUUGAGAAAAGACGACGGGGGCAUCUGAAACACGGAAUAAAUCUAAUGAGACCUCAAGGGUCUCUUCCUCGGCCUUGAUGGACUAUUUGUGAACCCGGGCAGUGGAGGUGUGCAAGUGGGGCUGGGCAAAAAGGACAAACGGGGGUGCCUGCGACGAUGACUGGCUUGCAGUAUUCGCCCGGACUGCGGCCGCCGCAGCCAUGUCCGCGGAACGUUUCUUGCUCUUGAGGUUUGGCUGAGAAAACGUCCGAAGGAUCCCGUCAGUUGAAACGACACGACGAGGAAGAAGAGGAGGGCGAGAAGGUGGGGGCGGUGGAGUACUGGUGGAAAAGAUGUCCGCAACGGUGGGGCCACGGAGCGGCCCUCGCCCACCCACCGUGCCGCCAUCAAUGCCGGAUCUGCCGGACUUGAGCCAUCUCACCGAGGAGGAGCGGGAAAUCAUUAUGGCAGUGAUGGCUCGCCAAAAGGAAGAAGAGGAGAAAGAACAAGCCAUGUUAAAAACACUGCACCAGCAGUUUGAAAGCUAUAAACAGGAGGUGCGACGCAUUGGCGCAGAGACACGGCGUCAGCAGACACAACAGAAGGAUGACGCACCCACCUGUGGCAUUUGCCGGAAGACCAAGUUCGCAGAUGGCUGUGGUCACCUGUGCUCCUAUUGUCAAACCAAAUUCUGUGCCCGUUGUGGGGGCCGAGUCUCCCUGCGCUCCAACAAUAUAAUGUGGGUAUGCAACCUGUGCCGUAAGCAGCAGGAGAUUCUCACCAAAUCAGGAGAAUGGUUUUCAGAGUCAGGAGUCCGGCCUGGGAACCUGGGAUCCACCUUGAAUAACCCAGCCAUGGGGGGUGAGAUCCAACGGGAUAGGAAGCUACUCCGCUCCAAGUGUCAAGGCUUGUCCUCUACAACUAAAAGCAAUACAGAGCUGCCACACGGGACACAAGGGCCUGCUGGCAAUACUGCCUCUCUGGCUCCAGACACCAUGCCCGGGACUCGCUCCCAAAGUGUACCACCUCGAGAAAAAAAAAGGCCAAUUUCCUACCAUGAACAAAAUGGUAGUGGAGUCCUGGAUCGUGGGACCGGCCGGAGGUCUGCUGGAAAGUUGCCAUCGCAGUCAUCUUUGGACGAGAGAGUCAGCCCUGGCGACCGACGAGAGAGACAGCCAAGAGAUAGUCACAAGCUGCAAAAGAUCCAUUCUCAGGACUAUAAUGAUGAGGAGGACAACUUGGGCCAUUUAGAAAAAAAAAGGAGACGACCAGAGGAUGAUGAACAGAAGGAGCGGCAGCGACGUGAGGAGGAGUUCCAGAACCGUUACCGUAGUGACCCCAACCUUGCUCGAUACCCUGUUAAGCCACAAAAGGAGGAACAGGAGAUGCGUAUGCAUGCCAAGGUAUCUAAGGUCCGGCACGAACGUAGACAUAGUGAUCUUGCAAUCAAUGAGGUCGGACUGGGGCCUGGUGAAGGAGGAGGCUGUGACGUGCAGGUGACUGAAAACCGUCUGACCAGGAGAGGAAACCGCAAAACUCAAAUAGAAAACUAUUGUGCGAACUCUGUGGAAAGGACCGUGGGAGACCUAGGGGGACUGGCAUCUCCUGAUAAGAAGGGUUGCUUUGAGCCAGGUUUAGCUCACACGGCAAGAGACAAAGGUGGGGACAAGUUGUUGAGGAAGGACUCUAGAAGUUUGGAACAGUCCGAGUCUUUGUGGCCGCCCCCUUCGCGGUCGUACAAGAGCAAGCGCGGACUAAACAAGAGGCAGCUGUCCAUCAGCAGCUCAGAGGAGGAGGGCGGCUCCACGCCCGAGUACACCAGCUGUGAGGACGUGGACAUGGAAAGCAUCAGUGAGAAAGGUGAUUGGGACUGUCAUCCGCUUGAUCCAACAGUGUGGCAUCAUCCCGUAACGUGGCAGCCUUCGAAAGAAGGCGAUCAUCUGAUUGGACACAUCACACUAAGCAAGAGAUCUGCUGUGCCACGAGAAGCUGGUUCCCUCCUUGGUCUAAAAGUUGUAGGUGGGAAGAUUACAGAGACCGGAAGACUAGGGGCCUUCAUCACCAAAGUAAAAAAAGGAAGCCUGGCCGAUGUCGUGGGACAUCUUAGAGCAGGUGAUGAGGUACUGCAGUGGAAUGGAAAGUCAUUGCCAGGCGCAACCAAGAAAGAGGUGUAUAACAUAAUUCUUGAAUCUAAAGCUGAACCUCAAGUGGAACUUGUUGUUUCAAGACCCAUAGGGGAUAUUCCUAGAAUCCCAGAGUCAUCUCAUCCUCCUCUUGAAUCAACAGGUUCUAGUUCCUUUGAGUCACAGAAAAUGGACCGUCCCUCUAUAUCAGUGAUGUCCCCAACAAGCCCAGGAACCCUCAGAGACCUUCCUCUGGUGCUCCCUGGACAACUGUCGGUGAAACUUUGGUAUGACAAAGUAGGCCAUCAACUCAUCGUCAACGUCCUUCAAGCCAUAGACCUGCCAUCCCGACCGGAUGGACGACCUCGGAACCCGUAUGUCAAGAUGUACUUCCUCCCAGAUAGAAGUGACAAGAGUAAACGUCGGACUAAAACCGUGAAAAAGAGUGUAGAGCCCAAGUGGAAUCAGACCUUCAUAUAUUCACAUGUUCACCGCAGAGAUUUUCGUGAGCGCAUGCUAGAGAUCACCGUAUGGGACCAACCCAGGGUCCAGGAAGAGGAAAGUGAAUUCAUGGGGGAGAUCCUGAUAGAGUUGGAGACUGCCUUGCUGGAUGACAUUCCUCAUUGGUAUAAACUCCAGGCACAUGAUGUGUCCUCGAUACCUUUGCCUCAGCCUUCUCCAUAUCUUCCACGGAGACACGUUCGCGGAGACAGCCCGAGCAAAAAACUACAGAGAGGAGAACGUAGUUCGAGGGAACGAGAGCGAGGCAGUACGUUGGCUGUGCCUGAACAGCAGCGUGCCCUCCAGCAUCGCUCUCGCUCUGUAUCUCCUCACCGAGAAGAUUCGUGCAGGGUGAGGUCGCGGGCUGCAUAUGUGCCCAUGCAAAGGAGCCUGGAUGAGAUUCAUCAGAAUCGCCAGCAUUCUCAGUCACCUUCCCAUCACCACAAUACCCAUUUGGAGCACCAACGCUCUGGUGACUCAGACUACGAGUACUCUGAAGACAGUGAGGCCCUGGAGAUGCACAGGUCAAUCCGAGGCGGAAGUGCAGAGUGCCUACACACAAACAGGGCUGCAUGUAGACAUAGCAACACACUCCCCCCCAAAAUGCCCCUCUUAGUAAAUGGUAUCCAUAAAGACAUGUACAGCUCCACCCUCCCUGCAUGCUUAAAGAGCAAGCUGCCACAAAGGCAAGAGGGGGGCAACAAGACGCAUCAUAGAAUCUUUGCACACCGUGUGCUCAGGUUCACUGAUGAGGUCACAGUUAGUGACCUGCAGCCAUCGUUGGAUAGAGUGAGGAGUGCCAGCACCACAUGUUUGAGACCAGAAACCGCCUUUCACUCUCCUGACACAGACAGAACACACCCUCACGGUAGCCCAUCCUCCCCAGUGGGGACCACCUCAUCAGGUCGCAGGGGCCGGCAGCUUCCGCAGCUCCCGGCUAAAAGCAGCAGCAUAGAACAAGCCCUUGCAGUUGAAGAGCGAGCCCGACAGCUGCAUAUGAAAGUACAUUCCUACCGGCCUUCAGCCUCUCACGACCCUGAGUCAGACCUCAAGAAUAAACGGGAGAAGUUUGCAGAACAGCGACGAAGCAGCGACAACAUGUCUGCAAGGUCAUCAGACAGCGAUAUGAGCGAUAUGUCAGCUCUCUCCCAUGCCAGCAGUGCCUCUCACCUCAGUAGCACCAGCUACAUGUCUAUCCAGUCAGAACGCCCUGGGGGACGUCUUAGGUCUAAGUCAUUAGAGGAGGAAAAAAAAGACAGACGGAUUUCAUGGGGGGUUACGAGGGAAGAGGAGAGGAAGAGGGCAGCAGGAAAGAGACAUUUCUCAGAGGAGUUGAAGCGCAGGAGACACACUGUAGCAGGAGAAACUGAGGAGUCCAGUCGGCAGAUGAGGGCAUCAGCAGGACGGAGCAUGCUCAAGAGCUCCAGUGUGAGUGGGGAGAUCUAUACCCAGGAACGCACAGAUGGGAGCCAAUCAGAUACAGCACUCGGCACAGUGGGUGGAGGCAGCAAGAAGAGACGCUCAAGCCUCAGUGCACGGGUGGUGGCAAUUGUUGGAAAUCGCCGGAGCCGUAGCACUUCCCAGAUAAGUGGCCCAGAGGCAAAGACUAAAAAAGAGAAAGGAGCACCAAUUCAAAGGAGCACUGAGACCGGUAUGGCAGUGGAACUGACUAGGAAUAUGAGCCGGCAGCCCAGCAGAGAGUCCAACAAUGGCAGUAUGAACAGUUACAACUCGGAGGGGAAUAUCUUUUCUGGGGUCAAUCUGGGAGCCAGCAGCCAGUUCAGUGACUUUCUGGAUGGCCUGGGUCCGGCUCAGUUAGUGGGCAGGCAAACACUGGCUACACCUGCAAUAGGUGACAUCCAGAUAGGUAUGAUGGAGAAAAAGGGUCAGCUGGAGGUGGAAGUUAUCAGAGCGCGAGGUCUUGUGCAAAAGCCAGGAUCGAAAUCUCUACCAGCGCCUUAUGUCAAGGUGUAUCUGCUGAAUAAUGGAGCAUACGUAGCCAAAAAGAAAACAAAGAUUGCACGGAAAACACUUGACCCACUGUACCAGCAAGCAUUGCUGUUCGAAGAAAGUCCACAAGGAAAAGUCUUACAGGUGAUUGUAUGGGGAGAUUAUGGCCGCAUGGACCAUAAAAGCUUCAUGGGAGUUGCACAAAUCCUCCUUGAGGAGCUGGACUUAUCAAGCACAGUAAUUGGUUGGUAUAAGUUGUUCCCACCUUCUUCUUUGGUGGAUCCAACUCUUGCUUCCCUCACACGAAGAGCUUCUCAGUCUUCGCUCGACAGCUCCUCUGGACCACACGGGGUCCGAUCAUAG